AUGUUGGCGUGGAUCAGUCGAUGUUACGAUGAUGUCAUUCAGUUUGCGGUAACGGGGCUGCGUGUGGGCCAGGUUGCACGAGCGAUAAACGAAGCCGAGAACCAGCCUGGGCCAGUCCACCAAUCCGAGCCCGAGGUUGGGCACCAGCUCGGCGCGAAGCACGAUCCUGAGCUCGACGUUAAGCACGACCCUAAGCCCAAGCCCCAGGCUACGGAACAGCUCAACGCUAAGCACAACUCUGAGCUCCAUAUCAAGUACGAUUUUGAGCUCGCCGUAAGCACGAUCCUGAGCUCGGCGCUGAAGCAUGACCCUUUUUGA